CAUGUGUUCAGCUGAGCGCCUUCUCCUCUCCUCUCCUCUCCUCUCCACUCUCUCUCUCUCAUCUCUCCUCUCGUCUCUCUCCUCUCCGGUACAAGCGGCUGGUCCCGGUGGUAACAUGGUGCGAGGAUCAGGGCGGCACUGAGCCACUGCAUAAGGACACCACAACAAAACAAAACAAAACCACGCACCUAUCAACACGCCGAGGAGGAAUCCAGUCGCUUUCGGACGCGGUCUGACCCUGGGGUUGUGUCAUUGCUGUGCACACACACACUCAUCACCAUGGGAAAGCAGAACAGCAAGCUUAGGCCAGAGAUGCUACAGGACCUGAGAGAGAACACUGAGUUUUCGGACCAUGAGCUACAGGAGUGGUACAAGGGAUUUCUUAAAGACUGCCCAAGUGGCCACCUGAAUGUGGAGGAGUUCAAGAAGAUAUAUGCCAACUUCUUUCCAUACGGCGACGCCUCCAAGUUUGCAGAGCACGUUUUCCGAACCUUUGACACCAACAACGACGGCACCAUCGACUUCCGGGAGUUCAUCAUCGCUCUGAGUGUGACUUCACGGGGAAAACUGGACCAGAAGCUGAAAUGGGCGUUCAGCAUGUACGAUCUUGAUGGCAACGGGUACAUCAGUCGUGAGGAGAUGCUCGAGAUUGUGCAGGCCAUCUAUAAGAUGGUGUCCUCUGUGAUGAAGAUGCCCGAAGACGAAUCCACACCAGAGAAGAGGACGGAUAAGAUCUUCAGACAAAUGGACUUGAACAAUGAUGGUAAGCUCUCUCUGGAGGAGUUCAUAAAAGGUGCCAAGAGCGAUCCGUCCAUCGUGCGGCUGCUGCAGUGCGACCCCAGCAGUGCCUCGCAGUUUUGAGUCCUUUAAGAAGCUGGCGCUCUGUGCAUGAAGGUUCUCGUCUUUCAUUGUUAUUUGUGUUCCAGACGGAAGAGUUUUAAGGGGAAAAAUAAAGUGCAUCAGUUUUAUGUUUAGUUUCUUUGAGAAGGGACACGCAUACAUCCGAAGAACAAAGACAACACCCGCAAAGACGUCUCCUGUCUGCUGCGCUUCGUCUGUCCCGUGUCUCUGAGGCUCAUGGAACGCUCAGCUCACGGUGUUUAGCCACCAUACUCCAGGCUCCUGGUAUAGGGAAGGACCAUUCCCUGGAUAUUGUGCAUGCACUCCCAUUCCUCCCUGCCCUCAGUGCUCUCUCUCUCUCUCUCUCUCUCUCUCUCUCUCAUGUCUAGCUGUCCUGUCUUUAUUUUGUUCUCCUUCCUUUUGGUUUUCAUAUAGAUGUGUAUAUGCAUAUAUAUACACGGUAUAAACGCAUAUAAAACAUAUUAGGAAGGUAGUGUAGAUGCCUUUUUACUCAGACAGUAUUAUGUAGCUCAUGUAAGUAUCCAAAUCCAAAAAAAACAAAAAAAAAUAACCUCCAGUAGACGCAGUGGACUGAUGAACUGGAUGUUAGGAUUUGUUUGCUUAUGAUUUUUCAUUUAGUACGAGCAGGCUACAUCCUAUUAUUUCAUUUUGCUUGAUUUUUACUUUUUUGUACAUAUGUAUUGUUUCCUUUAAGGUUAUUUAUUUGUUCAGUCUUUUCUUUUUUCUUCUUUUUGUUUUGCAUGUGGUGUUUUAUAUCGUCGUGAAACUUUGAUUUCAUCUCUGUGAAGUCAUCAGUGUCGUGUUGUCAUCAGGUCUGCUGCAGUAAACCACUGGUGAAACUCUGAAACGAGAUUUUUAAGUUCGUACCUGCUGAUCCCGAGGCAUGUGAGAGGUCCUUGUGGCGUCAUUGCAAAACUCUGCAGAAAUAUUUCAUGGCUGUAACGUUAUAAGAUUCUGUCUGCCAUUCGAUUUGACCCCAGAAAGGAAUCUUUAUCCUGCUAAGGUCAUGAUUUGCAUCAGGGGAAACGUUCCAGGGUGUUUGGAAUACAAUGCUUGCAGCACAUGCGAUUCGAGGCUCUCCGUGUGUGUGUGUGUGUGUGUGUGUGUGUGAAAGUGAGUUGUGAUUUGCGCAUGAUUCCUGUGCAUGUGUAUGCACUAACUUUAUAGUAUCACUUUGUGUCGUUAAAUACGAUAUGUUUUUUGAGGGAAUACUGUGUUUCUGAGCCCCAGAUUUAAUGUGGCACAUUCCCAAAAAGCUGAAAUCUGAAAACAUCCACCAUCUGCUAAUCAAUUCAAAAAUCUAAAACACACAAUCUGAUUCUUGUCUGCAUUCAAACCAACAGCUCUCCUGUAUAAAGAUGUUGCCAACAGUUCUAUUUGCCCAAGCUACUGCUUAUGUUCUAUUCUCAUAUUGUUUUUCCUUUUAUUUUCUUUCCUUCCAAACCCUCAUUUAUUUUUUCACACACCUGCAACUGUUUUAUUUAUUUUUUAUAACAAUAUUAUAACAAAAAAUGCCAGAAAC